ACCUGCAGGAGGACUCACAUGGUCCUGCAGCAGAGGAACACAGACCUCCGGGACUGUCCAAACCUCUUCCACACAGCUCGGCUCCAUCCUUUUGUUGUUUUUUUAAAAACACUCUCUCGUUUGUGUUUUCUGUUUUGUUUUUCCGCAUCCUUCCUCCGGCAGCCCAGUGUCGGUCGGACUUGGGCCGGUAAACCAGCGCCAUGGCUCGGGAGAACGGAGACACCGGCAGAGGGGAGACGUGGAAGAAACAAGUCGACGACAUCAAGAAGAUUUUUGAUUUUAAAGAAGUCCUCGGCACAGGAGCGUUUUCAGAGGUGGUCCUGGCCCAGGAGAAGCUGACGGGCCGGAUGUUUGCGGUGAAGUGCAUCCCUAAAAAGGCCCUGAAGGGGAAGGAGAGCAGCAUCGAGAAUGAGAUCGCUGUGCUGAGGAAGAUCAAGCACGAGAACAUUGUGGCACUGGAGGACAUCUAUGAGAGUCCUGACCACCUCUACCUGAUUAUGCAGCUGGUGUCCGGCGGCGAGCUGUUCGACCGAAUUGUGGAAAAAGGUUUCUACACAGAGAAGGAUGCGAGCACGUUGAUCCGACAAGUCCUGGACGCUGUUAACUAUCUUCACAGGAUGGGCAUCGUGCACCGAGACCUGAAGCCAGAGAACUUGUUGUAUUUUAAUCCUCAAGACGAGUCAAAGAUCAUGAUCAGCGACUUCGGUCUUUCCAAGAUGGAGGGCAGUGGCGACGUUAUGUCCACUGCCUGUGGUACUCCAGGAUAUGUGGCUCCAGAGGUUCUUGCUCAGAAGCCAUACAGUAAGGCAGUGGACUGCUGGUCCAUCGGAGUGAUCGCCUACAUCCUGCUGUGUGGUUAUCCUCCCUUCUACGAUGAAAACGACUCCAAGCUCUUUGAACAGAUCCUGAAAGCCGACUACGAGUUUGACGCUCCAUACUGGGACGACAUAUCAGACUCAGCCAAGGAUUUCAUCAGCAGUCUGAUGGAAAAAGAUCCAGCCAAGCGUUUCACCUGUGAACAGGCACUCAGACACCCCUGGAUCGCUGGGGAUACAGCUCUCUGUAAGAACAUCCAUGAGUCAGUCAGCCGACAGAUCAGAAAGAACUUUGCCAAGAGCAAAUGGAGGCAAGCGUUCAAUGCCACCGCCGUGGUUCGGCACAUGAGGCGGCUGCAGCUUGGCAGCAGCAUGGGGAGCAGCAUGGAUGCCUCCAACACGCUGACCAGGGCGAGUCAGACGCAGAAGCCGGCCCAAAGCCAGAGCCAGACCGGCCAGAGCCAGUCAGCUCAGAGCCAAAACAGCGGCCAGGCGGCGGAGAGCCAGAGCACCAACGCUGCCGCCAGCAAAACCUCUUCCACUGAUAACAACAUAGCAGCUCCACGCAAGGAAUGUGUCACCGCUCCAGUCACACCCUGCAGCCUGGCGUCCGCAGCCUCUUCCCCCGCUGCAGGGGCAGAGCUGAACCGGCCACACCCCUCAGCGGUGCCCGCCCCAGUGCUGACGGAGACCAAGUGACGCCAGGUCCCGCGGGGAACCAGCUGGGAGGCCACUGCGCUGUGAAGAACAGAGGACAACAGGAGAGGAAGAGGAUCGCCCUCUUCCUCGUCCCUUCCCUCUCUUCACUGUACUUCCUCUUGGACGCCCCCCAGCCAGUUCCCCGCCCUGCUCCCGGGAGAGCAGAGGACUUUGCCUCCACCCCACCGAUUCAAGCCACACAGCGCCAUACUGUACUCCCACCACCCUCCCACCAGAACAGCAACGGCCACUGACUCUCAGUGAGGAUUUGUGUACGGCCAGCUGUGAUUGGUUGCUGUUUAAUGAUAAAUGGGUGGCAACUGCUCCGAGCGUGAGCAGUAACCAGUGGUUCAGGAGGGGCCGGUGGUAUCAUGUUAUUCAAUGUCAGUCAGCAUCAACUUCCCUCUUCAAUCUGGUCUUUCCUUCACCACUUUAUUUAGCUUUUUUCAACUUAGGUUUGACUGUUG